GAACUGGCACCUGUUGCUUGACAGGUAGACUCAGGCACAAUGGAAGACAAGAGAUUUUAAUGUUAUCCUCAGGCCAAAUCCUGAGAAUUGUCCUAGCUGGAAGACAAACUCUAUGGCCUAAACAGCCUAGCAAGCCUGAGCAAAAGAAAUUUCCUGUCCUCUACAGUGAAUCAGCUACAGAUAAAUGUCAAGAACUUGGCAAGAUUAGCAGCAAAUGAGCUACAGAACACUCCCAACUUUCACUUACUGUCCCUAGGCCCCAAAAUUCCACAUCCUUGGUGCGCUGCAUCCAAACCACACCACUGGAACCUGCUAAUACUCAGGCUGUUCCCAUCCGACUGAGAAAUGACACCUCCACCUGCCUUGCUGUGGUCCUAACAGCCACUUGAAGUAGUGGCUCCCCUGCAUUACCUACUGUAUGCAUGAGCUGAUCUGGUGUCUGCCAUGCCCGAACUACAGCAACUGGGUGCAUCUAGACCUCCUGCUAAUGCUGGGCAGAUCCAGAGGAACAUCCUGGAAGAGCAUGUGGAGCUGUGGUGGUCCCAGCAGCCCAAAAAAUCUUUUCUUUGCUACGGGGUGGCUGUAGCACUCAUCCUGGCCUGUGGGGCGGGUGGCAUUGCCCUGCUGUACAGUACUAGCAGCCGUUCUGGGGAAUGGAGACUAGGAGUGGGCACCACACUCUGCUUGCUGGCACUCUUGGUAUUAUUGAAGCAGCUGCUGAGCUCAGCCAUCCAGGACAUGAACUGCAUUCGCAGCCGGGAACAGGUUGAGCUGCUGAAAAGCGGCGGUGCCUCAGACUGUGCUGUGCUGCUCUUGACAGCUCUGGUGCUACUGGUGUGUGGGACUGUCCUCACUGCACUUUCCUCUACUGCUACCACUAGCAGCAGCACUGGCACCCACACCACACGCCCCCUUGCCAGCAUGUUCAUCAGCGGCAUUGUGCUCACAGCCUCUGGAGCUAUCCUGUUGCUCAGCCUACUUCUUUAUUUGAUGUGGACCUCCUGUCACUCCACCACAACUCAUACCCGUGAUGCUGGCAAUGACAGAGCCCUCUUCACAAUAUCAGGACGCAUUGCAGCCAAUCAACAGCUCGCCACUACCUCCAGCACAGCCAACCUUAUUUAAGCAGUAGCGCCUGCCUCUGAUUGUGAAUAAGGUGGCUUUAACAGACACAGAACUGGUAUUUGCACUUUACUUCAAACAAACUACCCUGAAACAAAGGCAGUUUCCUGAAAUGUGAUGGAACUACAAACUUGCAGUGCCAAGACUGCCACCUUGGCUUGUUGAGCAGGCAAUGCAACCCACAAAAAGUCUUGCUGUUGAAUGCGAAGUCAGUAUUGUAUGAGCAGAGGAAUGGUUCCAAAGGAAUAGUUUCUGGCAUUAAAAAAGUCUCCCAAGUGGCUAGAGGAUGGCUGAGUUCUGAGGGAUGCAUCACUUUCACCAGUUUCUCUGAAAAUUCAAUAUAGCUGCAACUUAGCUUCUGAGCUAUUACCAGGCAUUGGUCCCUUGUGUUCAUGUGUAGCAGUCAAAAGCCUAAAAACAUGCUUGAAAAAUGAAAGCUGCAUUUCUCAGGAUAAUGAAUUCUGUGCCCAAUUCCCAUUUUUGCACGUGUGUAGCAUGAUUGUCUGAAUCACAGAAUGCACACAGCUCUGUUUUGACCAUCAUAUGCAGACAAAGGGGUAAUUACAAGUAGGUUAAUUUUGCAUUGAAAAUCUGCUUCAUGAGGGGUUUUUUUGGAACCACAACACUGAUAGUGGCAAAGCUCACAGUCUACCACCCUCAUCUGGCACUUGCCAAUGGGGAGGGAUGACUAAGGAUGACUUGUCCUGGUCUGGGACUGGUAUAUGAAUUGGGGUUUAGAAACAAGGCUACAGAAAUGUUUAUCAAGACUGUAACAUAUAGUGAGUGCAUGCACAGAUAUGCAGAAGCGUAGGUAUAUAUGUGAUGGUACUUUGACUAAGAUGUACAAGUGCCAAGACCAGCUGCUAUAAAUGAGCCUAAUAUACAGGAUGUGAAGAAUUUAAUUCUACUUGGCUUACUGAAUUACUCAGGAAAUCUCUGUUCACUGGAAGCUAUUAGGAAUGACUGAGCUUGUCAUGAAUAUCUUGCCCUUGACCCAGACAGUGAUAAGUUUAAGUUCUCUAGCCUGACAGUUACCAUCUCUAUCCAUUCCCAGUUAUGACACUUUUUCAAAUGGCUGUGAAGUAGAUUCACAACUGUAAUAAAAAUAAAUAAAUCUGAUUAUAACUACA